ACAUACAUAACUAAAUAGGCAGAUAGGUCCAAGGUGGAUUAUUUCAUUGAAUGUACCGUACCUACACAUUUCCCUAGACAUGAAUAUGUUAGCGGUAAUGAGUGCAUUAAAAAGUCGAGUAGUCUGUGGGAAUUUCAACUUUGUUAUUCACAGGUCCUUGGAUGAACUCCUAAAAGAAUCUUAACCUGUGUAUUUGAAGACAGAUUGGCCACUAAGUAAUUGCCGAGCACUGUUUACCAGGAGAUCCAUGUCACUAUUGUUGUAGGUGGGUAUAAUCUGGACGAUAGACAAUCUCAAGAUAUUUGCUCCUAUUGCUCCCAUGGUGGCGGUCUUCUGACCAUCGUCCAUUUCUACUGGUUGACCCAGGCUGUCCACUAUGUGGUGCCAGUGUCCAGUCAGUAGUCGGUGAUGCUGGAGCUCCAAGAAACGUAUUUUUCCAUACUGUCCACCAUCAUUGUCAUUACCAUGGCAUCGUUGUUCUUUUGUUGUUGGAAGAGGAAGACCUGCGAUGACGCACCUGAUGGCAAGGCCAAGAAGCAAGAACCAGACAAGGUCAAGCGAGGGAGUUCUAAGAAGGACCAACCCCAACGCCCAGAGAAAAAGCCAGAAAACGGGUUGGUCAGUCCUACUCAAAGGUAAUGUUGUUAACGACCUAUCUAUGCCUAACGACUAUGAAUGCAUUAAAAAAUAUGUAUUAAAAAAUAUGUACACGUCUGGCAGAGAUUCCUUAGGAACAUUUAUUCAAAAACAGUUUUUGUAUCAGUGGAAUGGGUCUCAGAAAGAGUGGUUGAAGGGAAACAAUUGAUUCCCUGAAGGGAAAAAAUUGAUUCCCUGAAGAUAAAUUCUCAAUUUUAUUUCCUGUAACUGAAUCCAUGUUACAAUCUACAGCUCCCCGACCCACGUGAUCUCGGGGGAGGACCUUGGGGACUUCUCUGCGGUUCAGCGAGAAACAGAAAUUCUACGCUCGGUGAGUUCAUUCAAAGCAAGUCUGACAGACUUAACACAUAGUCAAACCUUAUUUUUCUGGGAAUAAAGAGAACAUAAGUGUAGUGACAGUGAUACCAAGUCAUGUAGUUACAGACUACAUGUUAAAACGGUGUUGGGAGAUAACUUUCUUGUAUGGUACACACUGACCCAGUUGUAACUUUUACUUCCCGGUAUUCCAUAUCAAAUAUCAAUUCAUAAUCAAACAACCUAUUUUUAGCGUGUGGCAGGCGGUGGAUUAGCCAAUGGACAUAAGAACUGUUCAUGUCUACUUUCUGCCCAAUGGCUCAAUGAAAUUACAAACAUUAAACAUGCUACACGGCAAGCUCUAUGAUGGCGCUAGUCCAAACAAUGGGUUCGUACUGUUAGAGGAUGCUACAUCUGAUCAAUAGACAAAGCAUGUUCGCUCAAUUUCCUCGCAAUGAUUCACAUGCCUGUGUUUCAUGAGUAAUUUAUGCCUUUCGAUAGUAUUAUCUCCCCUACACUCCUACUUUCAUCAUGAUCAUAAGAUUUUACUGUGCCUCAUUCCAUUGUUAUCUCUCCCCCACUCUUUCUACAGGCCGUGGGGAUAUUUGAUACAAAUUCUUUCUUUUUUUAAUUUUUUUUUUUUUUACACACAUCUUGAAAACGUACUUGUUCGUUGGCUUACGUACUUGUUCAUUGGCUUACGUACUUGUUCAUUGGCUUACGCUCAAAUAUUAACCUUUCAGUACCGCAAGCCCCCACCUCCCAAAAACAGAGGCAGGCAAAGCAGGGCACCUCGAACAGCCAUGCAACGCUCCAACGAAAACUUGGACAUUUUCACAGUGAGUAGAGAGACUUGGAACAAGUGCGUCAAUCUAGGGUCAACCAUAAAAACCAAUUGUUGUAGGUUGUAGUACUGACAACAAUUGUAGGUUGUAGUACUGACAAGAGAAAACCUUCAUUUUAGGAAGGGGUAAGAAGAGUUUUCACAAUGUGGGGGCGCUGUUACUGUUACACGACAUGCUUUCAUUAACUAACACUAAAACGUAACAAAAUAAUAGUAACAACGUAAAAUGCGAUUUCGUGUAUUUAGGAUGUUGCCCAUUGCUAAGAUUCGCAAGAAGUACAUAUAUCUCUUGAUAUGCCUAGCUGGUUACCAGUAAAGGGUGUGUGGCCAAACUACCUUGAUUUGAUUCAAUGAAUACUCAGUUUCCCUUAGUCCCACUUCAAGCCCCAAAAUGACCUUGACCUAGUUAUGAAAUGGGAUACAUAAGCCAGGUGACCUAGUUACGAAAUGGGAUAUAUCAGCCAGGUGACCUAGUUAUGAAAUGGGAUACAUCAGACAGGAUACCUGUUAUGUAAUGGGAAAUUUAAGUCAGGUGACCUAUCACCCAAUCUAGGAUACUGAGUCUUUCAUUAAUUAUGUCAACAAUUUAUUGGUGAUUUUUUUUGCCCCUCCCCCUUUUCCUCCUUGUUAACAACUGUUUUUCAAGGAGCAGAUGGUUUAUUAGGCCCAAAAACGUAUCGUUGAUGCUGCUCUAGCCAUUUGAAACCAUAAGACAUUAUAAGCCAUUAACCUUAACAAAACUUUUGAAAAAAUAUACAGGCCUAUUAAUAUUUUAAUUUUAUUUAAAUAUCAAAGAAAAAUACAGUUAUUGUCAAUUUAUCCCCCCCCCCUCCCUCUUUGACCAUUGUCAAACUUUGUCCUACCUCCCCCUAUUUAGUUGACAUAACUUAUGGAGGACCCCUAAAAAAGGAACCAUCUAAUAUAUGGAUAGGGCGGGUAGAUGGUACAUUAAGACAGGAAAAGCGGCGUGAGUGAAUGUCAACCGUUUACAUCCCAUCAACCCCUUCACCCACACCAUCUGUCAGACCCAUUAACAGUUACAGGGUAAAGACAGAAAGAGAAAUUAGACUAUAAACUUACGGGAAAUUGUUUUUUUAUUCAAAGGCUCUAUACUUAAGAUGCCCCACGGUUUAUUAUGCGUUUAAAAAAAUAGAAAAUGUGCAUUGUAAACAUUUGGUCAUCGUUUCCUCUAGGAGCUGAGUGAAGAAGAUCUCAAACCGUCUGACAUUAAUGAAACCCUUGAAGUCAAAGAUGAAGUGGAUGCAUCAAUGCUUCGUUCCCGUCCAGAAGAGAGUCCCAAGAGAGACGUGCGCUCAUCCAUGCUGGCAGACAUUGAACAAACACUGGCUGCCCUUCACACCACUGAGGAAACCAAGUCUGCUGGUGACGUGAGACAAUCAAAGGAUGUAAGCAGCAGCUCAGAGAUUGAGCAGGCCAAAGACCAAACAAAUGAACCAUCAUCACUUAAUGCCACAGGAUCUGAUGAAGCUAAUUUAAGCACAACAUCACAAUCCAGUCCAUCAGUCAAGCCAAGACAAGCCCCAAAGGUCAGUCCUAAACCAAGCCCCAGAGCCAGAGUCAAGGUCACUGAGAAGAUCACACCCACUGCACAGACCGUUACUGCACUGACUGUUACUGAACGAGAAGAUUCUUCAGGUAAAGAAGGGAGCCAGUCUUCCAGGUUAGAAGAGAGCCAGUUGGCCCGGUUAGAAGAGAACCAGUCGACACGGUUAGAAGAGAGUCAGUCGACACUGUUAGAAGAUUUAACUAUAUCCACAGCAACCGAUGACUUUAAUACAACAUCUGCAUCUUCCACAGCAGGGAGUCAGUUGACUUCUCUACAUUCUGACAAUCCAAUCACAACAUCAGUGACAUCAAGCACCAAAGAUUACAUAUCAGGGUCAGAGGGCAUAUCAGAGGAGAAGUCAGCAGUUUCCAGUGAAAAUGUUUCCCCUUUGCCAGAGUCAUCAUCUGAAUCAAGCCACCCUGCUGUUACUGAUUUAUCCACUGUUUCAGAAGAAGAUUCGAAAGAUCUCAGCAGAAGCUCUGAAAAUUUGAACACCAAAAUACCAGAAAUCAAUCCUAUAAUUAUCCUGCCCACAGCUGCUGCUCCACUGGAGCAAGAUGAAAGAUCAGUGGCUUCUGAUAGGGGUGACAGCGUAUCAUCAAGUAUUUUGUCUGCAGCUCAUACCACCAUACCACCUAAUGCCAGCCCUACUGGUGACAAAGAGACAGGGGUAAAAGAGGCAACAGGUGAGAAUGGCAACAUAGAUGUCACCUCUGACAGUAUUACAGAUGCUGACAGCAGAUCAACUGAUCUUGAAUCCAGCGCCAACACCGGUAGCCAAAUGACCUCAUCGCUGUCUGUUGUUCUGUCAAAGAGGGAUGAACAGAGUGAGGCGGACACUGCACCUAGCCAGUCCAUUGAGAUCUUAACAAAAGGAGAACAAAUCUUACCACCAGCUAAGGUUGAAAGCAGAGAUCCCAGCACGAAUGCUGAUUUGGAUGAAGAUGGCCAAAGCAAAACAGAAGAGCAUUCAAGAGAGAGGCGUGAGUCUACUGAAGACCAGGCUGGGAAGGGCAAACACAGUAAAAUACCUGUCAGAGCAGGUCAGUAGUCAUACAAUGAGGAUAGUGAGAACAAAUGAAUUCUAGAAUUAUCCUUAAAAUAUGCAUAGUUUUAAAGAUACACAAUGAAUGGAGAUUUUCUCUUUAUUGACUACAAAUAUAUAACUAGUCAGUCCUGUGUGUGUGCUUUGAUGUUUGUUUGUUUUUCUGAUCUUUGAUUUGCUAAGGGACUUGUGCCCAUUCUUUUUCUUCUCUUUUCUUUCAGUUUUUUUAAUAUCAAUUGGUAGGAUUGAAAUUUAUUAAGUAAAAUUUAAUUUACAUUAUUGUUAUUUGUUAUUAUGUUGCAGAAGGCUUUUAAACUAUUUUUUCUUAUAAUAAAAGCCUAUAUUAUGCACUGUUUUAUUUACAUAAAUUGUUUUGUAUCUCAAUGUGCUCAGAGUAACUUCUUUCAGUGGGACAUUUUUUGCAUUUCUAAAUUUCCAUUUUCAGGAUCUAAAAGUCGAUCAAGUCCACCAAAAGCUACAGCCUCAAAAUGAAGAUUUACGUAAGUUUUAAUUUGAUAUCAAUACACAUAAAUUAUGCUAGUGGGUAUGCAUUAAUGCACAUAAACUAUGGAUUAUAAUCAAGUGCUUGAAUUCUGUUAGCAAUUUUUUUAUCAAACCAUGCAAUGAUUAAAUGAAAUAUUAAUCUAGAAAUUAAAACUAGUAACUUUGAAGAGUUUUUAUUAUGUUAUUUUCAGCACACAUAAGGACCUCAGGACAGACAUUAAAAGUGUGGCCAUUUAUAUACAACAAUAAGAACUCAAGUAAAUCCUCAAUAUAUUUCUGCUGUUAAAAGUUGCAUAAUACUUUUUUUUAAACUUUUUUUUAAACCGUUUUUUUUAAAUUAAAAUUUAUAAUCCCUACAAGGCUAAGAUCUUGUAUUAAAAAUAUAUGCUCUUUUUAACAUUACUUUGGAAAAGAAAAUGCAAAAGUACAAAGGAAACUUAUUGGAAAUAGUGAGGUAUAGUUAUACUCAAACCUUAUGUUAUUAAAUAAGACAUACAUCUAUGUGGCUGAUAUAACUAAUUCUAUUUUUUGUUUUAAAUGCUCAUUAACCAUAUUAUAUGCUGCUUUAACUGUUUGUAAAUAAAAUAUCUUUUGUCGCACAGGAAAUAAAUGACUAUGUCGCACAGGAAAUAAAUGACUAAUUCGUGUUUAUAUUUAAAGAUUAAAUCACAUACUUCCAAUUAUAUUAUGAAUCUUACAUAUCAGACAUUAGCAAAUACAACUUACAUUUUUUUUGUUGUUGCUUUUUCUAAAAUCCAGUGAUUUUAAUAGUUUUAUUUUAUUAUGAUAUACUUGGAAUAUUAAAGAACCAACUUCCUUGGAAAACAAGAUUUUGAAGUUGGGCUAUGUGACCUACAUGAAGUAAAAUAUUUUCAGCAAUGGGGAAAACAAAAUCAUGGUAGAUUCUGGAGUCAAAUAAUUCAUCAAAUUUUACUACGUUUUCUUUGGGCUUUUCAGUAAAUUUUCAUUUUCAUGCUUCUUUUAUUCAGUUUAUGAGUAUGGACUUUAUAAAUAAUACAAUCAUUUUCAUAGAUUUAAAAAGGCAUAGCUUAAGAUUCCACCAAAACAAUGAGAAGGUUUAAUUUCAUCUAAAAAUAAUUUUUUUAAAGUUUAAUAAUUUUGAAAAUUACUAAUUACUAUUGCUGGCACAUUUCCAUAAUACUGUUAAUCCAUUGUUUAAAAAAAACAUAUUUUAAAAAAUUUAUGUAAAAUAAAAUUCAGGUCAUUUAUUAAAACAAAUAAUGAAAUCUUUUGUAAGAUAGAAGCAGAAAAUUUAGUGAGCCCUAGCACGCUUUUAGCUUAUCCAACAGGUUGGUGUGCUGGUUACCAAAUGAUAACAUACUGCUGAUUACCAACUGCCUAACUUAUGCCUUAAAUGUCAAAACUAUAUACUGUGUGUAAUAUGUGCAUGGUAAUCUUUUCAAUUAUGUAUCCACCAAAUACUUUUUUCGGUGGGGAAUUUAUUGAAUACGUCGUCAUUUAUUAAUUGACUUUAUUUAAAAGAUUUUAGCUUGUGCAGUUGCAUGAAACUAAUUCUAUGUUUUGAAUCACUGCCACGGGGCUUUGAGAAAAUAUCACCUUUUAAAAAGCUUUCAAUUACCAUCAAAGUAUCUUUGAGAUACACUAAAAUGAGAGGUAUUGAAAAAUAAAUAACGUCCCGAUACCUGUGGUCCAACUUACAUAUUUGUGUUAUGUUAUGAUGCAAAGUUGUUGGUACUUAUUUGAUAUGCCAAUCAAGUGCCUUCAUCAACUAGUCAUUUUAAUAAUUUUGUUCUUGCCUGAUAUAUUUAUAAAUCUUUAAAAAAUAUUUUUGUACAGUACAAUGCCCAGUUAAAGCACAAUUUGGAGUAAUAGUGUUGAAAUAAAGUUUUUUUCUUUUAGUUUGAAAUAUUUUAUAAAAGAGCUUGAUAUGAAAACUCUGUUAAACUCAAAUGACAGAAAUCCUUUUAUGCUUUGAUUACAUGUAAUGUUUUUGUUGCGAAUAUUUUUAAAAAAUUGUAUUUUGUCAAUAAAUUUUGAA